AUGUUGCUGCAGGGCGUGGUGCCCACCUCCAGGCACAUCGGUGUCGGUCGGGCAGCAGAGGAGGACGAUUCCGGAGAGUUCGACUUCGGCGAGUAUGACGCUCCAAUGGGAGUUUCGGUGAUGGAGGCAGAGGAGGAGGAGAAAGCAGAGCUUGCACCUCCAGAGGCUGAAGUCUUCAUGACCAGAGAAACCGGACGAUACGACUGCCAGAACUGCGGAUAUGAGUACAACCCUCUCUUCGGUGAAGGCAACUACGGCCCAGGAACAAAGUUCGAGGACUUGCCCAGCAGCUGGCGAUGUCCACAGUGCCAAGUGUCGAAAGAUGAGUUUCAGGCCGUCAUAGAGGAGGUGGCAGGCUUCGCUGAGAACCAGGAUUAUGGUGUUGGCUUCAACACAUGGACAUCUGGCCAGAAGGGCGUCAUCAUCUGGGGCUUGCUGGCCGGCGGAGCUGCUCUGUUGCUGAGUGCUUAUUCAUGGGAGUGA